AACAGGCAGAUAACCGUUUCUCACUUUACCUUCACUGUCUGCCAUCAUGUCUUUCUCUGGAAAGUUCCAGCUGGAGUCCCAGGAGAACUUUGAGCCUUUCAUGAAGGCCAUUGGUGUCCCUGAUGACCUCAUCCAGAAAGGCAAAGACAUAAAGAGCAUCUCUGAAAUCGAGGAGAACGGCGACAACUUCAAAGUGACAGUCACUACCGGCACAAAGGUCCUCGUCAACAAAUUCACCAUUGGACAGGAGGCUGAGCUGGAGACUGUCACUGGAGAGAAGAUCAAGGCGGUGGCUCAGCGGGAAGGCAACAAGCUGAAGGUCUCCAUGAAGGGAAUCGAGUCUGUCACAGAACUGGUGGAUGCGAACACAAUUGUCAAUACUAUGACUCUUGGCAGCAUUGUAUUCAAGAGGAUAAGCAAACGCAUGUAAAUAUCAACACUUGGGAUAAUAAAACAUUUUUAAAAGGCA